GCACACAGCCCCUGCGCACAUUUCGUUCGAUUAUUUCCCUUUUAUUCUGCACGGCUGUGCUCCGAACCCGAGUUGUAGCCUCCAUUUUUGUGUGUAAUUAUCGUACCAAAAUGUGUGUGUUUUAUUGCAGAAAGCCCAAUGUUAUUAACAGAAAAAUGAAGCUCAGUAGAAUGGCAAAAGCUUACUCCUAGAGACAGCCCGGCACGGAGACAGAUUUAUUAUAAGUACAAAUUUAAUUGUAAUUAAUUAAGUCUAGUUGAGCUUAUGUUACGUGUUUAAAAUUUCCGUUGAAAAUUGGUGUUACAUAAUGGCGACUCAAGAAGAUAGGUCAUUGUCUUCGGGAAUGUCACUUCCUCAAUGGAUGAAAACAAAAAUGAAUGAUAGGCUAGAUUUUGAACAGAGCGCUUUCUCACCGACUGAAUUAGAUGAUAGUUUCAUGUAUUAUUAUCGCAGUAAAACACGAGGUUUUAAUGACACACAAAAUCAAACACUUGCGGCGAACUUGAAAGACAAAAAUUGGACUGGGGCCCAGCCCGAUUUUUCCAAACACACCCCCUAUUGCCAGAAGUUUCUCCAGAACUCGAUUGAUAGUACCACGGCCCAACAGGUCCGCUUCCCCUCCGCCACCAAGACCAAGUCCAGUGGCGUGGACGACGGUUUCAAAGGCGAGGCCGCGAAAUGCGGCACUUCUGUGGUGCGAGUGGCCCACCAGAUGGUGUUAGGGAAAGCCAUCCGUGGCUUUGACAUCCAGAAAAAAGAUUGUGAUUUGCCCCCAGAGGGUUUCAACCCUUCGUUACGUCGAGGGAGCAAGUCGUUGCCCGCGUCGCCCCUGACGUCCCCCAACUCGUCCCCGAAAAGCACGCGACGCGUGAACAAAUACUUCACGGGGCCUUUUGUCGACUCCGAACACCAGGGCAGUUGGAUUUUGUCGAAUUUGUUGGCCAAGAGGCAGAAUUUGUCACAGAGUAUGGGCUUUAUCGCUGAAGAGGAGAAGGAGAUGAAGAGGACAGAGUCGAAUUUGAGUGUGGAUGAGGUGUCGAAUGGCAAGAGGAGUCAGGUGUUUGUACCCAAACCGUCAGAACUUAGGGAAAUGAAUUUUUGGUCUCCCACUUCCAUGUGAAGUGGGCACAUUUAAUGUUGUCUAAGCAAUAUCUUUAAUUUUUAGUUGGUUUCUUUUAGACAUUGAUUAUUUUUGUAACUGUAAUCAUAAUGCUCAUUAAAUUUAUUUAAGUACACCAAAA